CAUCAGCAGCAGCAGCAGCAGGCAGGCGAAGAAGGGACUGGGGCUGAAAUCUGAUCCCUCCUCUUUUUUUACCCCCCUUUCCCUCUCUCUCUAAACUGUUAGUGGCAGCCCGUGGCAGGCUUUCACACAGCGCCAGACGCGAGCGCGCGGAGGUCGGAGCUCUGUUUCUCUCACUCUCCCCACCUCUCUCUCUCUCUGUCUCUCUCACACACACACACCUCCCCGCGGCGGAGCCCCCUGAGUCCAGGUCCCAGCAAGGAGACAUCUGGCUCGAACUUCUGGGCUUUUCUAACGUUACCGUUUACUUGGACGAGUUGGGCUGCUAGUAAAUGAGGCUUUCUGUUCAACACGAACAGCAGGCGAGCGCGCGCCAGCCAGGGCGAGGAACGAAGAAACUGGGCUCGCGAAGAACUCAACUUUGUUGGAUUUGCCCCGUCUGGAUGAACUGAAGCAGUGAGUGAGUGAACGGAGCCCGGUGGACUAACUUAAUCUGCCUGAGCUCCACACAGCUGAGAGCGGAGGAACGAUUUAUGGUGUAAUUUGUGCUACCUGCGGAAAGGAUUACUGACAACACGGGAGACUUUGGGUGGACAGUCGACCGGGCACACGUGUGCUGUGUGUAUGUGAGUGUGUGUGGCUUUACGCAGAGCGUAUGUGAGAACGCAUGAGAGUGUGUGUUAGCACAAUGCGUGGGUGUGUAGAGGAUGUGUGAGUGUGGUUGCCGUGGUGAGGACCCUGGGCCCCGCCCCCAGGCCGGGAUGAUCGCGCUCUGCCUCCUCCUGUACCUCUCCUCCAUCAUCCCUCCGUUCGUACUCAGUGCCCACCUGCCCUCAGCACAGCCCACAGACUGGCCAUCAAUUGAGGCAGAGGCAGAAGCGGAGGCGGAGGUGUUUUUGGAGGACUAUGUUGCAGGUGUGGGGGACACUCUGGAUCUCUCCUGCACGCCACAUGACUUCCUGAUGCCCAUCGUCUGGCAGAAGGAUGGCGGAACUGUGUCGCCUAGCAACCGUACACGACUGGGCCAGAAGAUGCUGCGCAUCAUCAACGUGUCAUACGAGGACUCUGGCGUCUACUCCUGCAGACACGCGCACAGCAACACACUGCUCAGCAACUACACCGUCAGAGUCACCGAUUCUCUCUCAUCUGGCGACGAUGAAGACUACGACGAAGAGCCAGAUGAUGCAGGUAAUGGAAAUGAAGCACCAUACUGGACACAUCCUCAGCGGAUGGAGAAGAAACUGUUGGCUGUUCCUGCUGCCAACACGGUGAAGUUCCGCUGUGCUGCUGCAGGCAACCCCAUGCCCAGCAUCCACUGGCUGAAAAACGGCAAAGAGUUUAAGGGUGAACAGAGGAUGGGCGGCAUUAAGCUGAGGCAUCAGCAGUGGAGUUUGGUAAUGGAGAGUGCUGUUCCGUCAGACAGAGGGAACUACACUUGUGUAGUGCAGAACAAAUACGGGACCAUCACACACACUUACCAGCUCGAUGUAUUAGAGCGCUCACCGCACCGGCCCAUCCUGCAGGCGGGUCUUCCGGCCAAUCAGACGGUGGUGGUGGGCAGUGAUGUGGAGUUUUACUGUAAAGUGUACAGUGAUGCCCAGCCUCACAUACAGUGGCUGAAACACAUUGAGGUGAACGGCAGCCGCUAUGGUCCCAACGGCACCCCCUACGUCACUGUUCUCAAGAGUCUGAACAGUACGAGUAAGGAGUUUCUUGUUACCCUCACUCUGUCCAAUGUGACAGAGGAGGAUGCAGGACAGUACUCAUGCACAGGUUCCAACUUUUUAGGCAAGUCUGAAAUCUCUUUCUGGCUCACAGUGCGAGUGCGCCAAACAGCCGUGGAGUUGGAUAAGGAGGACGACUACGCCGAUUUCCUGAUCUACGGCACGGGCUGCGUGCUCUUCAUCCUCACCGUCAUCAUCAUCAUCCUCUGCCGCAUGCGCAUGAACACGCAGAAGACGCUGCCCACUCCUCCUGUGCAAAAGCUCUCCAAAUUCCCCCUCAAGAGACAGGUAACAGUGUCCUUGGAGUCAAACUCCUCCAUGAACUCCAACACUCCACUGGUCAGGAUCGCCCGCCUAUCGUCCAGCGAUGGACCCAUGCUGCCCAACGUCUCUGAACUGGAGCUGCCCUCUGACCCCAAGUGGGAGUUUCCUCGCUCAAAGCUAACGCUGGGGAAGGCUCUUGGGGAAGGCUGCUUUGGGCAGGUGGUGAUGGCUGAAGCCAUCGGGAUCGAUAAAGAGAAACCCAACAAGCCUCUCACGGUCGCCGUAAAGAUGCUCAAAGAUGAUGGCACAGAUAAGGACCUGUCUGAUCUGGUGUCGGAGAUGGAGAUGAUGAAGAUGAUUGGUAAACAUAAAAACAUCAUCAACCUGCUUGGAGCGUGCACACAAGAUGGUCCUCUCUAUGUGCUGGUUGAGUAUGCCUCUAAAGGGAACCUGAGGGAGUAUCUGCGUGCUCGGAGGCCUCCUGGUAUGGACUACUCAUUCGACACCUGUAAGAUUCCCAACGAGACACUCACAUUCAAAGACCUGGUGUCAUGUGCUUAUCAGGUGGCCAGAGGCAUGGAGUACCUGGCCUCUCAGAAGUGUAUCCAUAGGGACCUGGCAGCCAGGAAUGUGUUGGUGACGGACGAUAACGUCAUGAAGAUUGCAGACUUUGGUCUGGCUAGGGAUGUGCAUAACAUAGACUACUACAAGAAGACCACCAAUGGUCGUUUGCCCGUUAAAUGGAUGGCACCGGAGGCGCUGUUCGACCGGGUCUACACGCACCAGAGCGAUGUCUGGUCUUACGGGGUGUUGCUAUGGGAGAUCUUCACACUGGGCGGCUCGCCGUAUCCCGGCAUCCCUGUGGAGGAGCUCUUCAAGCUGCUGAAGGAGGGCCAUCGAAUGGACAAGCCCGCCAACUGCACUCAUGAACUGUAUAUGAUCAUGCGUGAGUGCUGGCAUGCUGUUCCCUCUCAGAGACCCACAUUCAGACAGCUGGUGGAGGAUCACGACAGAGUGCUGUCCAUGACAUCGACUGAUGAGUAUUUGGAUCUCUCCGUGCCAUUUGAGCAGUACUCUCCCACCUGUCCAGACUCCAACAGCACCUGCUCGUCCGGUGACGACUCUGUGUUUGCUCAUGACCCCCUGCCUGAUGAACCAUGCCUACCUAAACACCACCACAGCAACGGCGUCAUACGGACAUAGACGGCCUUAACACCACCACAGCAAUGGCAUCGUAUACACAUCAGAUCCCUAAACGUUCAGCACAGUUAAGAGGGCUCAGGGGUCAUAGAGACCCUGCUGUAGGAAAACCCCCUAUAGCCCUCCAUAUAGCUGCGUGGACCAGCUUGAGUGUCAUUACACUGCACAGAGCGCUCCAGCCCUCUAGCCCCACACACUGAGGCUGGAGGGUGGGAAAGGCUGUGUGUAGAGUCUGAACUGAGUGGCUACAAAGGACGGACAUUAGUCCUCUCCCUCUUGCUCCUGCUCCUCUUCUGCUUCCAAACCGACAUUCUGCUUUUUCAAAAGAGAAUUCCUAUUUUUCUACUCGGCCAGUUUAUUUUUCCUUUCCUCUCGGCAUUUUGAAGGGUGAAACCAUUCCGUGCCUACCGAACAAGUGCAGAAACAGCUGGACGGGACAAAAAAGAAAAGUGGAGAAACGUGUCACAGCGCAGCAACAUGUUGGAGUGACACACAGAGUGCCAUUCCAUACAGGACAAUAUGGGAAGUUGUGGGAAAAGUUUCUUUUUUUUCAUUUACCGCAAUAUCUGAUUUCAAACCAUUGCUUUCAAACACAAGGCCAGUUUCAUGUUUUUUACUCUGUAACCUUUUUCACAGUGAACUUUGAAGAAAAGAGCCCCACAUGUGAGAUUUGAUUUGAGCGAAUAUAAUUGUGUGCUUUGUAUGUAUCUAAAUUUUCUAUUGUAAAUAUAUAGAUAUAAAUAUGUAUCAUAUUGCAGUCAGCAGCAGUGUAUGUAAGGAAUUGAUUUUUAAGCGAGUUUUAAGAAAAC